AAAUGCAAAUGCAAACUACAAGCACCUUCUGGAACAAAAUUACCGGCGCAUAAUCCAUUUCUACCUCCAUCCGCUAUCACGCAAAUUAUGCUGAUUGCAAAUCCUCUCAAGGAAGAGACGGAGGAUGGUAGGGAGAGAGACAUGGAAAGGAGAGAAGACUUGGAUAGAAGGAGACGGAGGAGAAGCAGGAGGGAAGGAGAGAAGGAAAGAAAGCAUGAGGAGAAUAAAGAAGGUGAAGCAGAGAAAGCAGAGGAAGACAGGAGAGAAAGUGGAGGAGAAGUCCCAGGAUGAAAAA